GCGGCCCGUGUCCGCCGCAGUCCCGGACGCCAGAGCGGCCGCAGCAUCCUCCCGCUGUCCUCGGUCGGCGCGCUCCUCGUCCGCCUCCUCCCGCUCCUCCUCGCCGGCCCCCGCGAUGGCGAAGCCGCUGACGGACAGCGAGAAGCGGAAGCAGAUCAGCGUGCGCGGUCUGGCGGGCCUCGGCGACGUGGCCGAGAUCCGCAAGAGCUUCAACCGGCACCUGCACUUCACGCUGGUCAAGGACCGCAACGUGGCCACGCCCCGCGACUACUUCUUCGCGCUGGCGCACACCGUGCGGGACCACCUGGUGGGCCGCUGGAUCCGCACGCAGCAGCACUACUACGAGCGCGACCCCAAGCGCAUUUAUUACCUUUCCCUGGAAUUCUACAUGGGCCGGACCCUGCAGAACACGAUGGUGAACUUGGGUCUUCAGAACGCUUGUGAUGAAGCUAUUUAUCAGCUGGGGUUGGACUUGGAGGAACUAGAGGAGAUAGAAGAGGACGCGGGCCUUGGAAAUGGAGGCCUCGGCAGGCUGGCAGCCUGUUUCCUUGAUUCCAUGGCCACCUUGGGACUGGCGGCGUAUGGCUAUGGGAUCCGCUAUGAAUUUGGGAUUUUUAACCAAAAGAUUGUGAAUGGCUGGCAGGUUGAAGAGGCCGACGACUGGCUGCGCUACGGCAACCCCUGGGAGAAGGCCCGGCCCGAGUACAUGCUUCCUGUGCACUUCUACGGGCACGUGGAGCACAGCCCCGAUGGUGUGAAGUGGCUGAACACGCAGGUGGUACUGGCCAUGCCCUAUGACACGCCGGUGCCUGGCUUCCGGAACAACACCGUCAACACCAUGCGGCUCUGGUCCGCCAAGGCGCCCAACGACUUCAACCUGCACGACUUUAAUGUGGGAGACUACAUCGAGGCCGUCCUGGACAGGAACUUGGCUGAGAACAUCUCCCGGGUCCUGUAUCCAAACGACAAUUUCUUCGAGGGGAAGGAGCUGCGCCUGAAGCAGGAGUACUUCGUGGUGGCUGCCACCCUGCAGGACAUCGUCCGCCGCUUUAAAUCCUCCAAGUUUGGCUGCCGGGACCCAGUGAGGACCUCUUUCGAGACUUUCCCGGACAAGGUGGCCAUCCAGCUCAACGACACUCACCCGGCCCUGGCCAUCCCGGAGCUCAUGCGGAUCCUGGUGGACGUGGAGAAGUUGGACUGGGACAAGGCCUGGGAGAUCACCAGGAGGACCUGCGCAUACACCAACCACACAGUGCUGCCCGAGGCGCUGGAGCGCUGGCCCGUGCCCAUGUUCGAGAAGCUCUUGCCGCGGCACUUGGAUAUCAUUUACGCCAUCAACCAGAAGCACCUGGACCACGUGGCUGCCCUGUUCCCCGGGGACGUGGACCGCCUGAGGAGGAUGUCCGUGAUCGAGGAAGGGGAUUGCAAGCGCAUCAACAUGGCCCACCUGUGUGUGAUCGGCUCCCAUGCUGUCAAUGGUGUGGCACGGAUCCACUCGGAAAUUGUGAAGCAAUCUGUCUUUAAAGACUUUUACGAGCUGGAGCCUCAGAAGUUCCAGAACAAGACCAACGGCAUCACGCCGCGGCGGUGGCUCCUGCUGUGCAACCCUGGGCUGGCCGAGGUCAUCGUGGAGAGAAUCGGUGAGGGCUUCCUGACUGACCUGAGCCAGCUGAAGAAGCUGCUGCUGCUGGUCAACGAUGAGGCGUUCAUCAGGGACGUGGCCAAGGUCAAGCAGGAGAACAAACUGAAGUUUUCUGCCUUCCUGGAGGAGGAGUACAAGGUAAAGAUCAACCCAUUCUCCAUGUUUGACGUGCACGUGAAGAGGAUCCACGAGUACAAGCGGCAGCUGCUCAACUGCCUGCACAUCGUCACCCUGUACAACCGGAUAAGGAAAAACCCUUCCAAGUUCUUCGUGCCCAGGACGGUCAUGAUCGGGGGAAAGGCCGCCCCUGGCUACCACAUGGCCAAGAUGAUCAUCAAGCUGGUCACGUCCAUCGGCGAGGUCGUCAACCAGGACCCUGUCGUGGGCGACAGGCUCAAAGUGAUCUUCCUGGAGAACUACCGCGUGUCCCUGGCCGAGAAAGCCAUCCCCGCCGCGGACCUGUCACAGCAGAUCUCCACGGCGGGCACCGAGGCCUCAGGCACGGGCAACAUGAAGUUCAUGCUCAACGGGGCCCUCACCAUCGGCACCAUGGACGGCGCCAACGUGGAGAUGGCCGAGGAGGCCGGGCAGGACAACCUCUUCAUCUUCGGCAUGCGGGUGGAGGACGUGGAGGCCUUGGACAGGGAGGGUUAUGACGCCAGCCGUUACUACGAGCGUCUCCCCGAGCUGAGGCAGGCAGUGGACCAGAUCGGCAGCGGCUUCUUUUCCCCCAAGGAUCCCGGCUGCUUCCGGGACGUCGUCAGCAUGCUGAUGCACCAUGACAGGUUCAAAGUGUUUGCUGACUAUGAGGCCUACAUGGAGUGCCAGGCCAAGGUGGAUCAGCUGUACCGGAACCCUAAGGAGUGGACCCGGAAGGUCAUCAGGAACGUCGCCUGCUCCGGCAAGUUCUCCAGCGACCGGACUAUCACGGAGUACGCCCGGGACAUCUGGGGCGUGGAGCCCUCCGAUCUGAAGAUCCCGCCACCCAACCUGCCCAGGGACUAGGCGAGGGCAGGGCCGCCCCGGCUGCCAUCUUCGGCGUCUCCUCGCUUUUUCACUGCUGUUUCCUGGGGGUGGGGGUGGGGGGCACUACAGGGUCUCACCUUGCCAGGAGCCUGGAUACGUUUAGUUUGGAGCCUCUGGAUUUGGGGUCUGUGGGAAGGUGGCUGUGGGGAGGCCCGGGAAAGCGCAUUUCUGCAGACACGGCGUGGCCAUGCCCGGCUCUGCUGUCCUCCCCCAGACCCUUGGCCCCCUCAGUCCCGGCCAUGCUGGGAGGCUUCACAGCCCUCUCCUCUGUCCCAGGGCCUGGACCUGGGUGUGAGUCGAGGGGGGGGGGGGGCGUCUGUCACCCAUGAGGACUGUUUUCUAAAGAUUUUCAGCUAUGGAAAAGUUCAAACCUCCGCAGGGUACAGAAGCAGGGAUGGCCACUGCGCGCCCCUCCCAGACUGGGGCUGUCUUGACUCCCCUCCUCUGCUGUCUUGAAGCCAACCCCACACAGUGAUCGGUUUCAUUCUUGAAGACUUUUUUUUAUGCAGGUUAUUUUCCUUUUUGCAGCAGGUCAGUGGCUAAAUAAAAAGCAGUUACGUCAGUGUUAUCUGGAGGCACUAAAAGAUGUCAACUUCAGUGUGCAAAUUCAGCAGAAAAAGUGAAUCAGGACCCCUGCGAGGGUGGAGGGCACCUGCUGCGAGGGAGGGUCCGAGGCUUCCUGUUGGGCCACCUGUGCCCGCUCCAGGCUGCCGUUUGGGGAGAUGGAGAUGAGCAGACAGAGGAGGGACAUGGAGAGGCUGUGGGGUGCCUGGGUUGCUUUUCAGAGGAAAAUUAACUUCUCAAGGGAUUGAAACCAGUCGAAGCCUUUCCCUGUUUGGAAACUGGGGGCGGGUCAACAGUGCCCUCCCCCAGCCUGGACUCGCAGCCCCCUUGGCGCUCUGGGGGCCUCCGCUGGCUGGGGGCUGAGUCCCUGUCUCCUGGUGCCAAUGCCCUGUCUGCCCUAAGCUGUGUUGACACGUUCCGUCCCCCACAGGAGGGCUGAGCCCCUUCCUGCCUUUUCUGCCCGAGCAGUCUGGCUGGAGAAAGGACUGGGAGGGUCUAGAGGGGGAGCCUGGUGGUCAGCAGAGAGGAUGAGGCUGUCUCCUGUUCCACUGCUGCCCUGCCCAGCCCCUUCCUGCCCGGCGCUGCUGCUGGCCACUUUGCACAGGGUAGAGCGCCAGGGGUGAGCCAGCGCAGAUGACAGAGAGGAGCCCCCUUCCCAGCCCUGGCUCCUUGCUCCAGGACAGGGCCUGCAGUGGGGCUUUGCUGGUGGGUGUAUGGCUCCACCAGAGCCCCUGGGGUGGGAUUUUUUUUUGCGGGGGGGGCGGGGUCCAAGUUCCGGGCUGUAUGGUCCCCUGAUGCCACCCUGCUCUGCUGUGUGACCCUCACUAGCCACUUGCCAUUCCUGUCUUGCGUGAGAACCCAAUUAAACUUGCCUGCCUAUGCA